AUGGCCCCUCCCACUCCCUCCUCGCACCGUCCGCGGAAGAAGAGAAAGUUCCCGAUCAACCCGGGCUCAAAUAACAACCUAAUCUUUGACAAUGGAGAUGGCAAACAGUCGCCCACCUUCCCUCUCGUCUCGUUCCUCUGGGCUGCUCGGGCCGGCGUGUCCCAAUGGCUGAUCCUACCUCUUAUCCUUAUGGCUGUCGGUCUCUUCCGGUGGGCUGUCGGUCUGUGGGAUUACUCUGGUAGGCAUGUACCCCCGAUGCACGGUGAUUUCGAGGCCCAAAGGCAUUGGAUGGAGAUCACCCAGCACCUGCCUAUGGCCAAGUGGUAUCUCUACGACUUGCAGUACUGGGGCCUCGAUUACCCCCCAUUGACCGCAUACCACAGUUGCGGUACCGCCAUUGAGCCUGCAUGGUUCGCAUUAGACAAAUCCCGCGGCUUCGAGGACCCCAAUUUGAAGGUCUAUAUGCGCGCCACUGUCGUCGUUUCCGAAUACCUCGUCUACGUUCCGGCCAUCGUCAACUUCCUUCGUCGUUAUACUCGGAUGCAGGGUGUGCAUGCGUGGUCUGCCUCGAUCGCUCUUGUCGCCGUUCUCCUCCAGCCCGCCACAAUUCUUAUCGACCAUGGCCAUUUCCAGUACAACACCGUGAUGUUGGGCCUGGUGGUUGCGAGUUUGGAUGCUAUUCUGGCCGGACGUAUGCUUUGGGCCUGUAUAUUUUUCGUCGGAGCUUUGGGUUUCAAGCAGAUGGCGCUUUACUACGCACCUGUCAUGUUCGCCUAUCUUUUGGGAGUCUGUGUCUUCCCCCGAAUUCAUAUCCCUCGGUUGAUCAACAUCGCCCUGAUUACGGCUGCCGCCUUUGCUCUGCUGUUCGCGCCGCUCUUGGUCGGCGCAACGGGUCCUGAGGCUCGAGAGUCUAUCGCUUCUUCGCCACAGCCUCCUCUACUUCAGGCUCUACCGAUCUCCCUCGACAAAAAAUCGGUGGCAUAUGCAGUUAUUUUCCAGCUGACACAGACCAUUCACCGCGUGCUUCCCUUCGCUCGAGGUAUCUUUGAAGAUAAGGUUGCUAACGCCUGGUGUGCCAUUCACACAUUUUACAAGCUCAACCGGUUCGAGACUUCGCUACUCCAACGAGCAUCACUCGGCGCCACCCUUGGUUCAAUCAUUAUUCCAUGUGCCAUCACUUUCCGCCACCCGCGAGCCUCUCUUAUUCUCCCUGCGAUGUCUUGCGUUUCCUGGGGAUUCUUUCUCUUCUCCUUCCAAGUGCACGAGAAGAGCGUCCUCCUCCCUCUCCUCCCAAUGACCCUCUCGCUCGCCGGCGAUGGCGGCCUGAAUAAGGAGAACCGCGCCUGGGUUGGCCUGGCCAAUAUUUUGGGCUCGUGGACCAUGUACCCGCUUCUCAAGCGCGAAGAGCUGAGCGUGCCGUACGCCGUGAUGACCCUUCUCUGGGCUUACCUUAUCGGACUUCCUCCCCUCUCCUUCGAGACAUACCGAAGCCGAUCAUCGCUCGACGACCCGAACUCGCAAUUCGAGCUCAACGUAUUCACAAAACUCUUACACUUUGCUUUCUACAGUGCUAUGAUUGGCUGGCAUGUUCUCGAGGCGUUCGUCGAGCCACUGCCGGGUAAGCCGGACCUGUGGGUGGUUCUUAACGCCCUCGUCGGAGCCGGCGGAUUUGGAAUUAUUUACCUUUGGUGCAUGUGGAAGUUAAUCACCCAGUGUCGGCGGAUUGAUCUGCAGGCGGCGGAAGAAGAGAGUCGGAAGAAGCAGUGA